UACAAUUCAAGGCAGAUAACAUCUCUCAAAUAUUUCCCUGAAGUUUUAAGAACUUUUUCAGUGAAGUUCAUUAGAAGCUCUAUCUUUGUUGAAAGCGUAUGAGGAAUUUGGUAAAAUGGCAGCAGCAGAUCCUUGCCUGAACAUUAAAAUUGAUCCUCAGAAUCUACAGAUUCAGACGCAUACCGUGGAGAAGUUGCUGGAACCCCUCAUAAUUCAGGUGACCACAUUAAUGAAUUGCCCCCAGAAUCCUUCUGGCAAGAGAAAAGGAUGUUCCAAAAGAGCUCGUGUAAUUCUUGCUUCUGUGGAAGAAGCUACUUGGAACUUGCUGGAUAAAGGGGAGAAAAUUGCCAAAGAGGCUCCUGUCCUUAUGGAAGAACUGAAUGCUGCUCUCCACGAGGUUCGCAAAGAAAGUGAAGCUUUGAAGAUAACAGCAAAAAAAUUCACCGACGAUCCUUGUAGCUUAUCUAAAAGAGAGGCUGUUGUGCAAAUAGCACGUGCUCUUUUGACUGCUGUUACGAGACUUCUUAUUCUGGCAGAUAUGAUUGAUGUUUCAUACCUGCUGCAACAUCUGACCACAGUACAGAGAAUGCUUAUGUCUCUUCGAAAUGUAUCCAGUAAAUCAGAACUGCAGAAAACAUAUCAACAUCUUCAGAAAGAACUGAAGAAGCUGGACCAUUUGGCAUUUAAGCGACAACAGGAUUUAAAAUCUAACAGUCAUCGAGAUGAGAUUGCAGCGGCACGGGCUUCUCUGAAGGAGACUUCGCCUCUGCUGCAUUCAGUUUGCUCCGCUUGCUUGGAGCACUCCGAUGUCGACUCUCUCACUGCCAGCAAGGACUCUGUUUGUAAGGAGAUACAAAAUGCCCUUGAUGUCAUCUCCAAUGCCUCCCAAGGAAUUGGACAUCCCAAAGUUCAACAAGUCCCACAGUCAGCCUCUCUUGGAAGUGCUCUCGAUGAACUUGCGAGUUUGGUUGCCUUGGAUUCUAUCACUGUAAGUGAAGACCAAAUAAGACCAUCACUUGAAAAACGUUUGGAGGGAAUUAUCAGUGGAGCUGCUUUAUUAGCCGAUUCCUCCUGUACUCGUGACCUUCACCGUGAGCGCAUCAUCACCGAGUGUAAUGCCAUCCGCCAAGCUCUUCAAGACCUUCUUUCAGAGUACAUGAAUAACGCUGACAAGAAGGAAAGAGGGAAUGCCUUGAAUGCAGCAAUAGAUAAUAUGUGCAAGAAAACAAGAGAUCUCCGCAGACAGCUUCGCAAAGCAAUAAUUGAUCAUAUCUCGGACUCCUUCAUGGACACAACUGUGCCACUUCUAGUGCUCACUGAAGCUGCUAAAAGUGGGCAUGAAAAAGAAAUCAAAGAAUACGCUGCAAUAUUUACAGAGCAUACACAAAGACUUAUUGAGGUGGCUAAUCUUGCUUGCUCGGUAUCCACAAAUGAAGAAGGAAUUAGCAUUGUCCAAACAGCAGCCAAUCACUUGGAGACCUUGUACCCUCAGGUUAUCAAUGCUGCCAUAGCUCUUGCGGCCAAGCCCAAAAGCCAAGUGGUAAAAAGCAACAUGGAAAUGUAUAAAGCCACCUGGGAGAAUCACAUACGUGUACUUACAGAAGCUGUGGAUGACAUUACAAGUAUUGAUGACUUUCUUGGAGUAUCAGAAAGUCAUAUUCUGGAGGAUGUAAACAAGUGCAUUAUUGCCUUAAGAGAACAGAAUCCCGACGAACUGGACCGUGCGGCUGGUGCCCUCCGUGGGAGGGCAGCAAGAGUGGUGGACAUUGUCUCUGGUGAGAUGGACAAUUAUGAGACCGGAGCCUACACUGAAGGAGUGAUGAGAAAUGUGCGCUAUCUCUCAAAUGCCGUGAUUCCUGAAUUUAUUACUCAAGUCAACACUGCACUGGAAAACUUAAGCAGGAAUACGAUUCAUCUGUUUGAUGAUAAUCAAUUUGUUGACAUCUCUAAGAAGAUUUACGACACAGUUCAUGACAUUAGAUGUUCAGUUAUGAUGAUUCGGAGCCCAGAAGAGUUAGAAGAUGUAUCUGACCUUGAAGAAGACCAUGAUGCCCACAGUCGCACCAGUAUUCAGACAGAAGGAAAAACUGAUAGGGCAAAGAUGACUCAGUUGCCAGAGGCGGAGAAAGAAAAGAUAGCCGAACAAGUAGCUGAUUUUAAGAAAGUCAAGAGUGAGCUUGAUAAGGAGAUUGAAAUAUGGGAUGACACCAGCAAUGACAUCAUCGUUCUCGCUAAAAGGAUGUGUGUGAUUAUGAUGGAGAUGACAGACUUCACAAGGGGCAGAGGACCACUGAAGAAUACAUCAGAUGUGAUUAAUGCAGCUAAAAUGAUCUCAGAGUCAGGAUCUAGGAUGGAUGUUCUUGCAAGGCUCAUUUCUAAUCAGUGUCCAGACUGGUCAUGUAAGCAAGACUUACUUGCUUACCUGGAACAAAUCAAACUCUACUCCCACCAACUCAAAAUCUGCAGCCAAGUCAAAGCUGAAAUCCAGAACUUAGGUGGAGAGCUCAUCAUGUCAGCAUUAGACAGUGUGACUUCGCUGAUUCAAGCUGCCAAAAACCUGAUGAAUGCUGUGGUGCAGACGGUGAAAAUGUCCUACAUUGCCUCCACAAAGAUUAUCCGAAUUCAGAGUCCUGCUGGCCCGCGACAUCCUGUGGUGAUGUGGCGGAUGAAGGCUCCCGAAAAGAAACCUUUGAUUAAGAAAGAGAAGCCAGAGGAAAUCUAUGCAGCCGUCAGGAGAGGUUCAGCUAAGAAGAAGAUCCACCCCAUUCAAAUCAUGAGUGAAUUCAGAGGGAGAGAAAUACCCUGAAAUUGUUAUUCUGUUCAUUGCACAGCUUGCCUAGAUGAGGAGGCUGCUGAGAUCAAAACCUUACUUUUCCCACUACUUUAAUGCCACGAAUGCACUAACAUUUCACAUGGGUGUGUGUUUAACAGUGUGUUACAUGAAGUCACUUCAUUUGUAGGUGAUGAAGGAUCUGCGAGUUUUCCCACCCAGUUUAAGAGGCGCUUUCGGCACAUUAUUUGAAACGUUUAACUGUGUUUUUGUAUUGAUCACUCACUGGUGUGUUUGGCAUCUCCCCAUUUUGCAUACGCCAUAAAAAUAUUGACAUAUGUUGCGCUACUAAUUGAUCAUAAUAUGCCAGGUUUAGUCAUGUGAAGUGUUGCUCAAAAUUUAAAGCUGCUCACAUGUAUCAUAUCUCAGUAUUUGUCAGCAAAAGUCUGGUUGGGAGUCUGACAUUUUGUAGAAGGGAAUAGAUCAGUGAUGAAAAGGUCAUGCGGAAACGUCGCUCGUGCUCGUCAGGCCAUGCCCCGGAAAAGCUGAACUUCUGGGUUCUAGCACGCAUGGGCACGCAACCAUCAGUUGGCCGGCGUGCAUGUGCAGGCCAGUUUUUGGCACUGCCGCGGGCGCAAAAGGAUUUUGCUCCAUAAAAGCUGACCUUCCGGGUUCUGGUGCGCAUGCGCACCUGACAAUCAGCUGGCCAGCACACCUGUGCACUCUGGUUUUUGGCACUGCCAUGUGAGCAAAGGACAGCUGAUCAUCACACGCGCAUGUGCACCAGUAACCCAGAAGACAAACAGACAAGGCCCCGCAUGCUGGGGAACAUGGCUUUGUACGCCACUUUGGGCACGCAUGCCAUCACGGGAAUAGAUACAUAAAAGGGUCAUGUCUAACCGCUAUGGAUGGUAUCUGUCUUCCUUAAUCUCAUUACUCUACCAGAGAUCUGGGAGUUUAAGAGUUUGGCACAGUAUCCUAGUUAUUUCUAGCCAUGCCCUCUUCAGGACAGAGAGCUUUGAUGUUGUUCCUGGGAUCUGUUUCAGCCAUUCUCCGUGUUUAGGAAUCAUGGCCCUAAGUGCCAUUGGGACCACUUUGGCCUUUACUUUCCACAUCCUCCACUUCUCCCUUUCAGGCCUUGGUACUUGUCCAGCAUCUCAUACUCCUUCCUCAUGUUCCUGUCACUUGGCACUACUACAUCUAUCAUACCCAUUGUCUUCUUUGUUAGAGUUUGCAGCGAUCCAACCAGCACACAAGUAAAUAAUUCAGCAGGAUUUAUUUAUAGAAGAAACUUCUUUAUAUACAAUAAUAUAAAACAUGAUGCAUGUAUACAAUACCCAUGCAGCUCUUUCAACAUGGUAGCAAGUACAAGGACAAGAGGACCAGAACUAGAAGCAAGCUUAUAUACACAGAACGGUUAAGAUAAGCCAUGCCCAGGCUCUGAGCCAUUUCCCAUGGCUCACAAUAGAUCCUGUUUCUUAGCCACCAAAGAGUUCUCAUUGGCUGACUUGUUAUGGCUAUCCCAGCUCAUAAUUUCUCAUACAUUGACAUUCUGGUCCAUUUCUACCGCUGCCUUCUUAUUCUCUAUGACUUUCUGUGGAAUGUCGCAUCUGAGAGGGUCUGGCCCGUACACUGUCUUGCAUGUCACUUCCUCUGUUUGAUCUUCUUCCCAUUUCUGCUGUUGCCUCAGCCAUUCUCUCUGCAGGUCAUCUUUGGGUGUCAUCUUUCUAGUGUACUCCUGGAUACUCUGGCUGGGGAAUUCAGAGAACUGAAGUCCAUACAUCUUAAAAGCUACUAAGAUUGAGAUACACUGCUGUAUGGAAUCAAAGGUUAGAUUCUGAAGGAGCAGGAUAACAAGAUAGAGAUAGAAACAGAAUAACAGAGUUGGAAGGGACCUUGGAGGUCUUCUAGUCCAACCCCCUGCCCAGGCAGAAAACUCUACAGCACUUCAGACAAAUGGUUAUCCAACAUCUUCUUAAAAAUUUCCAGUGUUGGAGCAUUCACAACUUCUGGAGACAAGUUGUUCCACUGAUUAAUUGUUCUAAUUGUCAGGAAAUUUCUCCUUAGUUCUAAGUUGCUUCUCUCCUUGAUUAGUUUCCACCUAUUGCUUCUUGUUCUUCCCUCAGGUGCUUUGAAGAAUAGUUUGACUCUCUCUUCUUUGUGGCAGCCCCUGAGAUAUUGGAACACUGCUAUCAUGUCUCCCCUAGUCCUUCUUUUCAUUAAACUAGACAUACCCAGUUCCUGCAUUUGAUUGAUGAUUUUGAUCAUUGAUGGUUUUGAACUAGUGUUAAUGAAGACUCCUGGGGCUACCAUGAUUAGGCAAGAAAAUAAAUGCAUGGUAGAAAAAUAAAUCCAGUGUUCUCACUUGAAGCAGAAAAAACUAGGCAAACAUUAAACUACUUUGGACACAUUUCACAUUAUGUGAAAACCUGUUCCCUUGAAAAGUCUAUAAUGCUGGGAAUGGUGAGAGGAAAUAGAAGAAAAUGAUCCAACAGCAAGAUACACGGACUCAGUUACGGUAGGAAUGGAUGCUCCAUUAAAAAAAAAAAAACUUUAAGCACUAGAUUGGGGAAAAGAUUAUCCUGUGGAGAAGGUCUUUCUAUGUAGCCUCUAAAAAACUGACACUGACUUGAUGGCACAUAAUCAGACAAUUACCACACCCGACUGAUUUUGUUUCAUUUUAUUAAAUAUUGACUAAGUGGAACAUUACUGAGUGCUUAAAAAAAAAACCUAGCUGUCUAAAGGGAUUAUGGAUAUAACACUUCUAUCUUGUACCCUCAGUGGUCUUGGGGUGCCCGUCAUUAGUUGAUUGGGAGCUCUCCUGGCCAAACAAGCUCUUUGAGACUCUCCCUUUCGAUUCUACUUUAUGGUCCCAUGGGAGACUUUAUCUAGAGCCAAGAUCUUGGAGAAGGACCUUCACUCUUCCUCCCUCAAGGAUAAAAACCAGGAGGGAAAAAGCAGUAAAACCUCAGACUCUUCUCUAAAACAGCUACCUUGAUCAGACACCUCUUCACAUAAUUUAGCAACUGGUUCGCCCAGCACCGAAAAUGUGAGUGUGUGCACGCCUUCUGCACAUGUGUUUUGCUCAUGUGGGGGGCUUGCACAUGGUUAAACGUGGCUAAGUAGGAUAGCAUAGCAGCGGGUUGGGUGGCAGGUCCCAUCUACAAGUCGCUACUACCGGUUCGCCUGAACUGGUCCAAACCGGCUGAAUCCCACCUCUGACCUUGAUCCAUCUCUUUGUGACAGUCAUUAUUCCAUCAUGAUGUCCUUCCAGGACAGUCCAUGUCUGGGUUUUAUUUCCAUUUCUCUCUGCUCCCACAAUAUUCACAUUAAAAAUUCUCUUCCUUCCAUUCCUAGGCUGAACCAUCUCCAGCAAAAAAAAAAAAAAAAUCUUUUUGUUCGCUUCCUAAAGGAUGCUGUGGACAUCCUCCUGUUCCACGGUUCUCCUUCCUAGGGACAAAUUGGUUCUCCUCACCAGCAAUUUAUUUCAAUGCUGAGUUGAAUUGCUGCAAUCCCACAUCAAGAAAAAAAAGAAGAAGAUAAAAACUCAACAAGCUUCCUGUGUAAUUAGUCCAGCUGUUCAAAGGUUGGUAAUGGAUGCUGGCACAGAAGUUGUAGGGCUUCAAGAUCAGAAAGAAGAACUGGUCUUUAGAGGCAUUCCCCUCCUGAAAUUUUGGUUCGUCUUUGUUUUUAAAAGGUUUCUAGAAUUAUUUCAUGUAAAUAGCUUUGUCUUUCUCAAAGUCAAACAAACAAUUAUAUAUAGGAUUAUAUUUGUAGCAGGGAUGGCGAACCUUUUCGGCACCUAUUGCGCAAACUGGUCCACGCGUGCAUGCACAUGUAUGUGCAUGCACAGGAGCGCCUGAAACCUGAAGACCAGCUGGCUGGCGUGUGCAUGCCUGUUUUUUGACCAUUUUUUGGUUGUUUUGAGGCUGCUUUCAGGCUGUUUUCAGGUCAUUUUUUGGGCUGUUUUUGGUCUGAAAAACAGCCAAAAAAUGGCCUGAAACGCGGCCCAAAAAACAGACAAUUUUUGGCCGUUUUUCGGGCAGUUUUCCAGUGCUUGUGAAGAUCAACUGGCCAGCACACAUGUGAGUAUCUGAAACCAGAAGAGCAGCUGGCGACGGCGCACAUGCCCACAGAGAGGGCUCUGCGUGCCACCUCUGGCACACGUGCCAUAGGUUCACCAUCACGGGUAUAUAGGAUUAACCAUUGAUACAUCCCAUUCAAAGAUGCAAUUAGAUAUCCUAUAUAACACUUUACAUUUGAAAUCUCAAAGCAUAGCACAGAGUGCUCCCCCUCCUUUAUCUUCUGCACACUAAAGCAGGGAAGAAGAAAUGGGGUGCAAAACUACUCAAGGUGUUUCCAUGGCCAAGGGUGGAUUUGAACCUUGGUCUUCCUAAUGCCAACCAAACUUUUUAACUAGCGCGUUUGAAUGCUGGGUGUCAUGACUAAUCCCCAGACCUUCUAUUGUGCUUUCAUGACUGCAUGGGGAUUGCAUCUUCCCAACCUGAGCUCAACAACUGAAUGCGAUGCUAUAUUACUAUGAUAGAUGCUAAAAGCAUGAACAUACAGUUUUAAUUUAAAGUAGGUUUCUUUUCUGUUUUCCUGCUAGAUUUUCUCCAUCCCCAGUGAUUAUGUCACACAUCGUAACAACUAAAGAAUUGUUGUAGAUAUUAGUUACACAAUCCAGUUGCUAAGUAUGUGAUAUUCUAUAGCUCUCUUUCUUAUCUCCAAAAUACCAAAUUUCUAUUCCAAUUCCGUCAUGAUAACAAAUUAGUAUUUACUAAAGAAACAUUAUUCAUUUCAGCAUCAACGUAUUUUUGAUUGAUUGAAAUGUAGUACCACCAUCUCUGGAACUGUAAUUUUUCCUCCUCAAUUCUAAAUUCCUUCCAUUAAAAAAAAAAUGAUUAUUUUGCACUGAUUUUCAUACACAGAGCAUUAAAAGGGGGGGAUCAUUAUUUGUGAUUCCAAAAUAUAUUUAAGUACAUGAAAAUAACUUCUUAACAUUUUGAAAAUAUAACAUCCCAGAGGUGGGUGUCCUGAUUGUCAAAAUUUGACAGUUUGCAAAAUGAAAUUGUUUAGAUGAAUGUGUUUUCAAAGCAUUUACUGAAGAUGAAACGGUUUAAAAUCCUUCAUUCAAUACUGUAGUUGAAAUAGUCAGAGAUUUCAUUGUCAAUACCUCCACCAUGUUACUAACUGCUGUAACAUUCUGAAGCCAGAGAGAUGACUUUCUGAACAUAGCUGUCAGGGCUCCUACUGAUUCCCUAAUUAAAUCAUAAGCCUCGAGCCAAGCUUCAAAAGAAAUCCAGUUAUUUAUUAGGAGCUCAUUUUGGCAUGUUCCAAGUGAAGCCAACUCUGACCUCACUUAAUUUACGUCUUGGCUCUGAUCCUGUUUCCACCCUCCACUCAACUGUGUCAUCAGACACAUUCAACAAAGCAAUUUCGCGGAUUGUAGAGAUCACUUCCUUCUGGCCACUGUGGGUAACCACGGAGAUGGCCUUGACAGAGAGAUGGCUGGAAUGUGCUUUUGUUUUGACUGAAGUGCUCCCUUGCUGCAGCUGCAAAGUUCGUUUUCCCACCCUCCUUGUCUAUGGCAACUUGAGAGUAGGCCAGAGAUGCUUUGUGAGUUGACAUUAGUAUGGAAAGAAACAAAGAAAUAGAUCUUGAGCUGAGGUUUAUCAUUCUCCUGCCCUGCCUCACCUGGAUGGGCCAUUAGUGAAUACCAACCAUCCUGUUGGAUCAUCACCAAGAUCGACCUAAAGGCAUUUUCCCAUGAUGAUCCUAAGCCAGUUGGAAAGCAGAGUCAGGUUUCAGGGUUCCAUAAUUAUCAUUUCUGCACUAGGCCCUAUAGUAUCUUGCAACCAUUAUUGUGCCAAAGCAAUAGUAAUGGAGGCUGGCUUUAUAUUACUUCAACAAUGACUGAGUGAUGCUAUGAAGAUGCUGUAGCUCAUCACUGUGAAUGUCAAUAACGUUGAAGAAGAGAGCUGAUUUAUUCCAAUCUAAGGUAAAAUUAAUUUGUUCUUUUUUUUUUAAAGGUGAUUGUUCUUUGGGGAUGGGAGAUUGUGACUCAGUUUUUCCAUUGGAGAGAAGUCUCGGCUCCACUUUUUCUUUUCUUUUUUUAAAAUUUGAUUUAUAUGCCGCCCUUCUCCGGAGACUCAGGGUGGCUUACAAUGCGCUAAGCAAUAGCCUUCAUACUUUUGUAUAUUUAUACAAAGUCAGCUUAUUGCCCCCACAAUCUGGGUCCUCAUUUCACCUACCUUUGAAAGGAUGGAAGGCUGAGUCAACCUUGAGCCUUGGAGAGAUUCGAACUAGCAGUAAUUGCAGGCAGCUGAAUGAUAAUAACAGGCUAUUAGUCUGCUGCUCCACCAGGCUCUUCUUCUCUUCCCUCUUGAGCUUUAGGGCUUUAGAGAGAGCUGCAAAGUUCUAAGGCUGCCUGGCCUUGUCAUUCUUGCAAGAGCUAGAAGAAAGGAACAGGGAGUACAUUGGAAAAGAGUGCCAAUAUCACACACCUUCCUUUUGCCAACACCCUAAGUGCAAUGGGGCCAGGUUAGGGGACUCCAGCCCCCUUUUCUCUGCAAUGGAGGCAAGAGGAUUUCUGUUAAUGUGAGGUUUUCUGCAGCUUGGGGAAAAUCUGGGUUGGUGGUAGUGAUGGAGUCAUAAAAAAAAAAAAAAACACUGAACAUGGCAGCUAUGACUCUGUGAUCCCCACCCUGUUGUAAUCCACGCGACAGGCACAGAAAACAUAAGAAAAGAAGAAGGCUUCAAUUACAGUAGUGGCCAAAAUUGUGGAAACAAUUGUUAUAAUGUGAAACCAAGAUUGAAUGAUUGCUUCUAUUAACUGGGUUUUAUUUAUGGGUCGCUUCUGACUAACAAGUUUCUUUAGUCGGCUCCAUAGAUUUUCAAUUGGGUUAAGGUCUGGGCUAUUCCCAGGCCAUUCCAGCAGUGGAAUAGGAUUAUCUUGAAACUCCCCCCCAAAAAAGUGGUGUUAUUAGCCAUCAAACCUCAAAAAUACACUUUUCCCAAAAGGUUUCACAAUUUUGGCCACUACUUUAUGUGGUUGUGGCCACCAUUUUCUUCACUUUUUUGAUACACACAUCCCACCCCUGUUUCUAUAAGAAAAAAUCAGAGCAAAAGUAUCUAGAGACAUUACUUGAUGACUUCCUUUUUCUAAGAGAGAAGAGAAAUAUUCCAUGAGAAAUGUUUGCUGAGAAUGUCAGAGUUUGGCACUAACUAUACCUAAUUCACUCCCCUACCAGCAAUACACCCAUAACUUCUGCAUAACUGAUUUUAGCAUGAAAGACUAAUGGCUUACCUGAUUUUUCUG